GUGGGUCAGAGAGGAGCUGUGAGUGAUGGCUCUGGCACUAAGAUGCCUCCGUCUUCUCCCGUCCCAGCUGCGUCAUUCGUCGUUCACGGUGACCAGGGCACUGCCACAGGCUCCCACAGGCUGCUCUGCCCUGCUCCUGGAUGGCUGCAGGCAGUGUGUCCAUCAGAUGCUGCUGAGCAGACAGCUGGCUACCAAAAAAUCUAAAGGUAAAGGGCAGAGCCAAGCCAAAGUGAACAUCAGUGCUGCCCUAGUUGAGGAUAUUAUCAAUCUGGAGGAAACCAAUGAAGACUUCCAGGCAGUCAUAGAAGCUCUGAAAGAAGAUUUCAGCAGAAAUCUCAGUGUCAGAACCUCACCAGGGGCCCUGGAUCACAUCACUGUGAUGACAAAAGAUGGGAAGUUUCCUCUGAACCAGCUGGGGCAGAUCUCACAGAAGUCACCACAGCUCAUUGUAGUGAACAUGAUCAAUUUUCCAGAGAGCACAGCUGCAGCUACAAAGGCUAUAAGGGAGAGUGGCAUGAACCUGAACCCAGAGGUGGACGGGACGGUGAUUCGGGUGCCAGUUCCGAAGGUCACAAGAGAACACAGGGAGAGCCUAGCCAAGCUUGCCAAGCAGUCCACCAACAAGUCCAAAGAGGCCCUGAGAAAGGUGCGAAGCAAAAGCAUCAACCAAGUAAAGAAGUUCAAGAGCAAAGUGUCAGAAGAUACCAUCUGGCUGCUAGAAAAGCAGAUCCAGCAAAUGGCAGAUGAAGCUUCUGCAGAGAUGGACAAGCUGCUGGCAGUGAAGACCAAGGAGCUGCUUGGAUAAACACCAUCCCAAUGGGCACACUCCCCCUCGAACAGAACGGACUGCCACAUGUCCCAGCACCUGUCUGUGCCCAGAGGCAGCAGCCU